AUGGUGCUGAGGAAAUCAAUGACGACUGCUGAGAAGGAUACCCAAGCCGCGCAGGAGAAGGCGGUCGCGGGAGGAGCUGCAAGUCAGGCUGGUGAUGGAGAAGAUAUGGUGACUGCGGCGAUUGUACCGCCGAAGCCAACCCAGGCCACCACCGCGCAAGCCAAACCAGCGCAGUCAAGGCCCCCACAACCGACGGCCAACAGAGGACACAAGGAGGGCGUGGUGGAGGAUGUGACGGAUGAAGAGGACCUUCGCACUAUCUUGAAAAAGGUGCUGGUCGCACAAAAGUGGGAUCAGGAAGCUCGCCAGGCAGACUCUCAAGAGAUUUGGCAGGCUAUUCGGAAUCAGGAAGCUCGUCAGGCAGACUCGCAAGAGGUUUGGAAGACUAUUGUCGAGCUGAGAGAGUUCGUGACGCAGCGACAGGGGCAACCGCAGUGCCAAUCGGAGCCGCUCGGCGCCGGCGGUAACCGAGCCGGCGGUGCGGUGUUGGACGACGAGGGCGUAGCGACGACGGUGGCCGCGGCGGCGGCUGGGGUGACGCGUCCAGGGUUUGGCUCAUCUUGGCCCAACAUCAUAGCGGGCCUGUUACCUACCCCCACGGCCCAGGAGCUGGCGGCUCGCAAGGGUAAGGCCAAGAUGCCUGGCUACGACACCGAUGGGCCUCUAACGAUUGAUGGGUCGGAGAUGGGCGGGCGAUUUGCGAGGGAAGGCAAUUGGCUUGGAUGGCUGGGCCUCAAUGAUGGGCUCAGCUUGGUGGACCGACAGGCGACCCAGUCAUGGACCAGAGGAGUGGCGGACCGGGCCGGGCAGCUGACCCAACCGAUCGGAUGGGGUCGGCUCCUAUGGGGCUGA